AAAUAGCAGAGGCUUGUAAUACAGUAACCCUAACCCGAGUCUGAGCGGUUAAUAAACGAGCUGACCCUGCUGUUAAAUAAGGUCAAAGGCGUAAAGCAGCUGAAUCACCUGGCAGACGGCAUCUUUCCUUUGACCACCACCGCCAUCAUCACCGUCGUCAUUGUCAUCUCAGGGACCACCUACAGUGACUAGGAGCUCCCCCUUAACCCCGGUGGAUUUCUGCUGGCUCUUUGGUGCAGUAACUAGUAGACAGGAAGACACUAAUCAUGUCUGCAGAAAAGAUGGAGACAACCGGCAGUUUGUUAAAUGGAGCGGGGGCUGUAUAUGAGGAGAAAGAGGACAUCCUCAGACCUGAUGAUCUGUCUGAGAUGCUUGCAGCAGGGACCAAGGAGGUUCAUGAAAAAGCUGAGAACACCCAGUUUGUGAAGGAUUUCCUAAAGGGCCGCAUCCGCAAAGAGCUCUUUAAGCUUGGUCAUGUAGCACUUUACUAUACUUACACAGCCAUGGAGGAGGAGAUUGAAAGGAACAAGGACCACCCCUACUUUGCCCCCCUUUAUUUUCCUGCAGAGCUGCACCGCCACGAGGCUCUGGCCCUUGACCUUGAGUACUUUUACGGCCCUGACUGGCAAAGCCAGGUCAGCUGCUCCCAGGCCACCCAACGCUAUGUGGACCGUAUCCACCAAGUAGGGCAGGAAGAUCCAGUGCUGUUGGUGGCCCACGCCUACACCCGCUACAUGGGGGACCUAUCUGGGGGUCAGGUGCUGAAGAAAGUGGCACAGAGAGCCAUGAAACUUCCUCCUACAGGAGAAGGGCUGGAAUUCUAUCAGUUCAAUGCCAUCCACAGUGCCAAAGCAUUCAAGCAGCUGUACCGCAGUCGGAUGAACGAGCUGGAGCUGGACAUGGAAACAAAGAAGAAGCUGGUGGACGAAGCUGUCAUGGCCUUCCAGUUCAACAUGGAGGUGUUUGACGAACUGGAAGAGAUCGGUAAAACCAUCCAGGAAGAUGUUUUAGAUGCCGGCUUGCCCGUCCAUGGAGCAAUGGGUGGAGACAUCAGCAAAUGUCCCUACUAUGCUGCUCAAAUGGCGGCAUCUGGUGGAACAGCCUACGUAUGUCAGCUCGCCAUGGCUGUGCUCCGACACCCAACAGGACAGGUGCUGUUUGCGACUUGGUUUGCUGCUUUGGCUGGAUUGGCUGCGUGGUAUCUGAUGUAAUCCAGCCCCUCAGCCUGUCACUCUGCUGCUGGGAGAGAGUGGCAGGAGAAAUGCUGAAGGAAGAACAGUAAGGAAACUAGAAAACCCUCGAACACUAUAGAGCAUUUCAUAGUUUCAAACAAACAUUCUAAACAGGUCCAAGUCUAUUAAAUGUUGCAUGUUUGAUAGCUCAAGGAAAUAUACUUGGAUCUGUUUCUUAUCAAUGGAAUUCCAAUGAGAUGAUCUAUAGGACCAUUACGACAUCAAAACUCCAUCCAUCCAUCCAUCCACCCAUCCAUCCAUCCAUCUAUCCAUCUAUCCAUCCAUCAAGUUACAGUCUUUCCUCCGGUCUUUUUAUUUCUCUACCUACUUUGCACUGUCCCUCCAGCUUGUGUACUUCCAGUGUUUGGUCGUAUCUCAAGAUCUUCUUUAGCUGUUUUCUGAUUUUUGUCAUGGAGGCACAGUGCUCCAGUGAAUAGCUCAUUUGUUGUGCAGUGAUAUUUUCUCUCAAAUUUUAAUGUCACUCAUUUACAUAAUUGGCUAUACAGUGAUACAUUAAAUACCGAUUCAUGUAUUAUUUAAAGCCAUUGCUGAGCUUAGUAAAAACAUGUUAAAACGUACUAUGCAUAUGUUAUGCAUGAUUAUAAUAGCACAGGAGGUUUUUUUCAGGACACGCUGCUGUGAUUUUUAGGUCUUCGUGUUUUUGCAUAACUAGAUCUUAAUUUGACCUAGAAGAGAACCUAAUAUCUGUCUUAAUAAUACAACAGUGAAACAACGGUUUAUAUAUCCCCAUAUACUGUAUCUUUUACCUCUACACGUUUAUUGCCGUUUCAAACUAAAUGUGAAAAAACAGAGUGCUGCUUUGCAUUUAUGUUAAGUUCACAUUUCAGGAUUCAUACUUGGGCCUUACAAGAGGGUUGUACUGCAAAAGAGAUGAUAGGAUUCAAAAGGUUUGCUUUCCCCCAAAAAUAUAGCACACCUACACUUAGUCGAGUGUACGAUUAAUAAACAUGCUCAAAUACUAGUGAAUAUACCAGGUAUUUGAAUAUCUGCUGAUGCAUGUUCAAUAAUACUGUUUUUCUGUUUCUGAAUUAUGUGAAGGAGCAUAUUGUAUUCAUAAAAAAUCUGCCUGUUGUUGUUGACUUAAUUGCACAGUUUUAAUUUUGCUGGAUGAAUGAGUCAUUGAUGAGUCAGAUAUAACUGCUGCAGAGCCUAUUUUUAGGACAGAGGUGUUAACAAAGGUGAUUGCAGCUAUCCUUUUUUGUAAUGUUUGAUCUAAAUGAAUGGAAUAGAUACCAAGUCUAUUUACAUGAAGGCUUAAAUGUGUCUGAGUAUUAUGGUUUAUUAUGAGCCAUUUCAGCUAAGGUACUGAUCUGUUGGUCCCUCAGCAGCUCUGCUCCUGUUCAGGUAUCCAUUUGUAAUGGAUACACUUAUAUGCAUCAUAACUAAAACUGUUAUCAUAUAUUGUUCAUACUGUAUGUUGGUCACAAUAGAUGAAGAGGAAUAUUUUGUGCUGUGUAUUGCAGUGUAAUUUACAAUUAUUUGCGACUGAAGUUAAAUAUUUAUCCUGACACAAUAGUGACAUUUUUUGAACUCUGCUUUAUCUUUCCAAGCUGUUUUUUGUUGUUUUUUUUCCACUGCUUGGAUUUAUUGGACACAGAGAACCAAAAGAAACCUGCUGAUAACAAUAUUUGACAGGUUCCUGUGCUGUGUAUAUUUGUACAACACAUUCACUUGUGUAUGGAUGUGCAGUGUUCCUUCAGGAUAACAGCUGUACUGCAGCUGUUUGAUCACAGACAGACAUCUAAGUGAUGCUGUGUUUUGUAUUUGAGAGUCUCAGGUUCAUGAUACAGUCAGACGGCAAUACAAUGCAUUGCAUAAAGAGGACUAAUACAGGGACUGCCUGAUAUAAACCUGUAUUUCAUUGUCCAUGGUUUUGUUUGUUUUUCAUUUUCAUGAUGCCAGUCUGAUGUGUCAACACAAGUAUUUUUUUGGACAUAUAUUAAAGAGACGUUUGAAUCUCAGGAGUUGAGGUAGUUUUGGCCAUUAAUUAAACCAUAGAUUAACACGAGUGUUAUACUGGUCUCAUUCAUGUUGAUUUUGAAUUAUUUUGCAUUUUCAUUAACUCUGCUCUUCCCUUUGUGUAUCUAACUGGACAAAGCUUUAUUAGUUGCAGAAUAGGAUACUCCGAUUAUGAGAGUGAAAAUCCAGGACUAUGCUGUGUUCUCCUUAACAAAAUAACCUGCUUUCCUGUUCAUGCUGAAAUAAAGAUGAUU